AUGGAGACCGAUCUCGUCUGCUGCCGAUGUGUGGAGGUGAAGGCCGUUGGCGUCGAGGCGCUGGCUGCUAGCCCCGACAGCCGCUGGCUGGCCGUUGCGCGGAGCAAUGCAACUGUGGAGAUUUACGACACGGCGACCAACUCCCUCUCCGUCCGCCUGAGCGACGAAAGCUGCACUUCGACCCGGUCGCUGCUGUGGGUUCCCGCGAGCCCGAGAGCCGCGGUCGUCGCGUACGAGGCGGCGGCCGCGAAGGCAGGGGAGUAUGUGUCGUUCACGGAGCGACGCAGGGCUCUCGCCGCGAAGCGCGGAGCGGAGGAAACAGACUACGAGAAGGAUGACUUUGCCUGCGACUUGUACGAAUGGCGGCUGCUGACCGCGGGCCUCCACGGCGUUGUCUCCGAGUGGAACCUGCGGACGCUGAGGAUCCAGUCAGAAACGCCGUCCUACGGAGGAGCAAUUUUCUCUCUCUCGGCGCCUCCCCACGGAGCCCCUGCCAACUUCUUCGCGGCCGCAUGCGACGACGGCCGCGUGCGCCUCUUCGCCGUUCAGGGUGCGCCAGCCCGUGCGGCUCUGAGCAGCACCAGGCAGACGCCUGCCGCGAGGAAGCACACCGACUCUGAUUCAGAGUCUGACUCAGACGACGAUGGAAUCGAAGGAGCAGAUGAGGAUGGGAUUCUCCUUAAGGCGUCCCUCCCCAAGACUGCCGCUCGACUUCUUUCUGUCUCUUGGUACGCCCCGGGCCUGCUCUUCGCAGCGACAGCUGCGUCAACCAUCCUCCGCUUCUCUGCCUCCACGCUUUCUGCCUCUGUCUCUCUCUCCGCUUUCACUUCGCAUCUGGGCGCGGGCACGUUCGUCGCGGACGGGAAGAUGAUUCUUGUGAACGCGUCUCAGACUCGUCAAGUCAAUCAACAGAAAGGAGAGAGCGGUGACGAAAAGCUGAACGGCAAGAAAGGGUCAUCUGCGGCUCCAGUCCUUGUCUGGUGCUUGUAUUCCCUCCCCUCGGUCCACCUGCUUCUCAGUGGAGACAGCAGUGGCUGCGUGACGGUAUGGUCAGUGCCCACGUGCGUUGCACUCCGCCGGCUGCAGCUGCAUGCGGCCGACGUUCUGAAUCUGGAGGCGCAUGCAGUGGUGCCGGUUGGCGGCAGCGACCGAGAGGACAGGAACGGCGAGCUCAAGCGCUCGCUGCCGAGGGACCGCGCCAUAGUCACUGUCGUCUCCUGCGGCGUCGACGGGAAGCUCUCAAUAGGGUUCAGGCAAAAGGACGGAGACUGGACUGUGGGUCCGGCCAAGUAUCCGCACGCGUGCGACAUUCGAGGCCUCGCGCUCCUGCCUCCUCCUCAAGGCAGCGCAGGCAAUCGCAAGCGAUUAGUCCACCUCGCGCCGCCGUCCUCGCUCGUGGCUUGGACUGGCGCUGUCGAUGGCGUGGUGCGAUGCACUGAGCGGCUCACGGGCAUAUCUCGCGUGCGAGGCCCGGCGCCCACGCUGCCGUUUGAUCCGCUGGCGGCUGGCGUGCUCCCGCACAUCAACGUCGCGGCCAGCGGCAGGGACGGUCUGGUCUUGGCCUGCAGUGACAACGGCCUCGAGCUCUGGAACAUCAGUCCGCUGUCUUCCUCGCCAUCGAUGUCGCUUCUCUCCUCGUCUCCCCUUGCGUCCUCGACGUCUUUGUCCACUUCGUCUCCUUCCUCUGCGUCCAUUGUGAAGCUGCUGCGUGUCAGCCUCCGCGACUCCCUGCGGCCGCAGUGUGGCGAUAUCGCGCCGGACGGGACGCUCGUGGCGGCGGGCAGCAGGCGUGGCCUCCACCUUUUCGGUCUCCACCUCAAAGAGCUGGAAGUCGUCGACGUGGAAGGCGGCUCGGGGUGCGACUCCGUGCGCGACGUGCGAGCUCUCCGGUUCAUCAGCGACACUGUCCUCGUCUGCUGCUGCUCCGCCCGGCCGAAAAGCAGCUCGCGGCGACGCUUCUCUUUUUCUUCCCAAAAAGAGGGGUCGACUCACACAUCUCGCACGGACGCAGGCGAAGGGGAGGGGGAGGAAGACGCAGAGGGGAACGGCGCGCAUGCAAACAAGACUCGCACGACGGCGGUGUCGCUCGCGGCGGCGGCCAUCGAGUCCGAGUGGAAUGCUGUCCGAGACACGGGAGCCGAAGAACGGUUCGGCUCACUCAGUGGCGGGGCGUACCGCGUUGUCUGCCUCGAUGUCUGGCGAGGCGGAAAGGUCCUUGGAGAACUCGGCGUUUUCCCAUACCCGGUUCGAUCCUUCGAGACCUCGGACGACGGCGCUUUGCUCUCUUGCUUGUUUUCGUCGGGAUCUCUUGUCGUGGUGUCGCUCGCGGAUUUUUCGCCGCUGCGUUUCUUUCCCGCUUUCCCGCUGUCGGCCGGGAUGCCGAUCGUGUGCGCGUGCUUUUCGCCUUCGCCGAGCGAGGAAGGAGGAGCGGGCGAAGAGAGAAGGGGUGAAAGAAAGCGAAAGAUUUGCUUGUUCUCUUCGCAAAGGCAGUACUGCGUGGUGCCGCUGCUCGACGACGAGAGCGCGGGAGGAGAGAGGACCGAAAGACGGCUCAAGGAGGCGGCCAGAAACGCCGACGGACAAGGGGAUGUCCAUGGACGGGGAGAAAAGAAAAUCAAAAUCCGACAGGUAAGACUGAGUAGAAUUUGCGCGUACAGGGCUUUCUUUCUCGCCGACAGUUCUUUCUUUGUUUGGGCUUCGGUCCCUGGCCGCAUGCUUCCUCUGGGCUGCCGCUGCAUUCCUGCGUUUUGCAUUGCGCCGUCCGACGGUCCAAUCGUCAGCGCCGUCUGGCUGGACAAGUCUGCACUGUUUUCGCCGAAGCCGGAGCUGGAGGAGGUUACUGACCCAUGUUCGCCGCAGUCGUGUGCGUCGUUGUCGUCUUCCUCCUCCGUCUCGGCCUCUCUCUCCUCAUCUUCCGUCCUGCUCUGUCUCACUCCGUCUGUUGUCUGUCAUCUGCCUCUCUCUUCGUCUUCGCGACUGACGCGCCUGGCCUCCCCGCUUUCGAUCCCACUCAGUAAACCCGUUUCUUGCUCCGUGUCGUCUUGUGCUCGGUCCGCUAUCUCCUCCGCAUCUGCGUCACCCGCCGCGCAGGGCUCGAACGCGCGCGACGAAGACGCAUGCGAAGGCCUGAAGAGAAAGCGAAGACGAGGCAAAUCUGGAGAUUCCAGCGCUGUGGCUUCCUCCAGUGGAAGCAGUGGAUCAGAGGCGGAGGAGGAAGAGGCGGAGGAAGCUGUCAACUUCUCGUCGUCGCUCGCCUCGAGCACCUUGACUCGCGGCACUGUGAGCAUCCAUAUUCGACGCGCACCUGAGGCGCUCUGUCCACGGUCCCUCGCGGCGGCGUGCUCUUCGUCCCUUCACAUGCCGCCGUCACCUUUUUCCGCUUCCUUCGCCUCCCCCCACGUCUCGAUAGCUCCCCUGCCCCUCUACGCCUCGGGGCGGCCUUUACGUUCGCUUGCGGUCUCGUCUCCUCUCCACAACGGCGUCUUCGAACUUCUGUCUCCGUCUAUGCGUCACUUGCACCUCCUCCACUCUCAGCUGUCGUCGCCUUUCGCAGCAGGAAGGCGAGGCUGCGCAAGGAAGAAGAAGGCGUUCGCUUGUGACGAAGAGUCCCGAUGCUCUGCCGCAAGCUCGCCUAGUCCGAGAACGUCUUUGUCUACUACUUGUUCUUCGCCUUCCUCUUUUUGCUCGGGGUUCGCCGCGUUCGCCGAAAACGGGAGAUACGACGGCGUGCUGUCGGAGGUCGCUGAAGGGAAGAAAAAGAAGAGACAGAAGAGAGCGGACGGAGGGGACGAAGAGGAGUCCAGGAGCAUUCUUGUCGCUGAGCGACAAGCAAUGGCGCUCGAGCGGGACAGGCAGGGAGCGUGUGCGCCCCUCUUCCAUGACAAGUCCCGGUUCUUCGUCCUGCGGCGCAGCCCUGGCCAUGGCUUCCUGUCUCUCCUCUGCGUGCCUCAGCGUGAGGAGAAGAAGAAAGGCAAGCGCGUCGCGGCAGAGAACAGAGCCAAGAAAGAAGAGGAGCAGCAGAAGACUCGGCAAAUGCUCAUGAUUGUCGAAGCCCUGGAGGGCGCCGCGGGAGAGCCCGAGGGCAUGCCAGCUCCGUUCAACAGAAAGCGUUACGGAACGUAG